AUGCAAUUCCUUUGGCUAUUUCUUCUCCUAGGGUCAGUGUUGGCGGCUCCCGUCAACACCCUGAGUGGCGCCGUUAGCAGCAGCAGCAGCAAUGCCAGCGUCAAUAAUGAUAUCAUCCCCGUGCUUCCCUCAGUGGACGACUUCUACCUGCUCCCCAGUGACUUUGACAAGUACAAGGUCGGCGACAUCAUGAAGAUCAGAAAGACGCCGCACCCGUUGCGCUCAGUUUGGGCUGAACUCAACGUCAGUGCCUCAUGGCAAGCUCUCGUUAAGACCACGGCUAAUGAUGGUAAGAACACGACGUGGAUGGUGACCACUAUCAUCGAACCGUAUAAUGCCAACCCGAAGAAACUUGUCCAGUACCAUAUUGCCAUUGACUCGCUGUCCCCUGAUUGUCAAACAUCGUACGCGAUCCAAAGAGGUGGCCUGGCAGCCACUAUCAGUUCACAGGCCGAAAUGCUUUUCAUCCAGGUAUUGCUUAAUAAGGGUUAUUAUGUGGUGUCUCCUGACUAUGAGGCUUCAUCCAGUGCGUUCACACCGGCUCAUCAAGCGGCCUAUGCCUCAUUAGACUCAAUUAGAGCUGCGCUUUCUAGUGGUAAAACCACCGGUAUCGACCUGGGAGCAUCAGUAGUCACGUGGGGCUACUCAGGAGGGUCAUUACCGACAUCGUGGGGAGCAGCAUUACAACCUAGUUAUGCUCCUGACCUUAAAAACAAUUUGAAAGGAGCGGCGUUUGGUGGGACAUUAGCUAACCUCACGGCAGCUGCUCUUAAGAUCGACGACUCCAUCUUCUCCGGACUCUUAGUGGGAGCCGUUGGAGGACUCGCUAAGACUUACCCCAUCGUCGAUAAGCUUAUCCAUGACCAAUUAACCCCCUCAGGAAUGAAGGAGUUCGAGAAAACGUACGAUCUCUGUAUGGUUCCAGGGCUUGUUGAGUAUUUGUUAGCUCCCAUAUUCAACGGUGAAGGCCACAUGGCCAAAGACGGGAUGAAAGUAUUUGAAAACCCUGACCUCCAAAAAGUGUUGGCAGAGAACACUUUAGCCGGUGAAACAAAGCCUCCAAUUCCGCAAGUGCCGAUUUUCAUGUACCACGGUAUGUUCGACGAGAUCUUACCCUUUGACGAGUCGCAACGUGUUUACGAUACCUGGUGUGAAAACGGCAUUGGCCUGUUUGAGUUUGCCGCUGACAUCGCUGCCGAACACCUUAUCGGGAUCUUAAGUGGGGCGGGCCCUGCGUAUAAGUUCAUCGAUGAGCGUUUGAAUGGUGUGGCUCCGAUUAAAGGGUGUUCAAAGCUGACACGGUUGUCUAACUUCAUGUACCCUAACGUCACCACUCUGCUUUGGGACGUGGGAUCAGUGGCGUGGGACUCAUUUAGAGGUGACCCAAUCGGACCCAAAUCGAAGUCACAGUAA